CAGCUUGCGAGCUUGGUAGUGACGUCGUGGGCUUGUCUGUUCCAAAUCGCCGAAUAACCCCGUCAGCUGGAGAAAUCUCAUCUAUCUACAUAUAAUCUACAUACAUACAUAUCUACGUAUGUAGCAGGAGCAAAAGAUCCGGUUACAGCUUACUAGAGUUGCAUGCAGGAGGAGCGACCCUGUCUGUCUCCGCCGUCCCUCCCGCCGCCGAAGUCCGUUUCGCUUUUUACAAAUUCCCAUCUACCUUUUUACAACUUUUCCAUUUCAGCCUCCUCGAGCCUCGCCCACCCUUGACGCUUUGGUUGAAACGACAACACCCGCAUCGUCAUAGCUCAUAGCUUUGACACAUUACAAUUACCAAAUUUUCAUAUUGUCACACCCUGGCUCAUCUACACCUUGGCGCCCUUAGAUCUCGUGUUUUUUUCGAGCUCUACUUUUUUCAUUGCUUACCUUGGUAGCUAGCUAUUUCACUCAGUCGAGCCUUGAAAUGGAGCGGGGGAUAUUUUGUUCCUUCGAGUAGCCGCCCGAAUCCAGCUUACCUCAGCCGAAGAACCACCGCAGACGACUCCUGGUUGGCGCAACCUAAUACCAACCAUUCGUGCCUCUUGUGGGUAGUCGGACGCUAUUCAGGCAGCCUCCGCGACUGGCAAUUUUUGCUUACAGAUGGACCUGGAACUCGGCGCCAUGCCACCACACUCACCGCCGUCCCCGGACCCGCACCCUUCGAAACGCCAACGUGCUUCAUCUCCGGAUAAGGAUUCGCCUUUGUCAGUUGGAAAUGGCGGCCCUACCUCUCCCAUUACCGAACACUCGUCGCAUGAUGGUGCCGGUCACGGCUCUAAGAUUGGUCAAUCCAGCAGUUUCCGCAAUGUCAGCGCUUGUAACCGCUGUCGGUUGCGCAAGAAUAGAUGCGACCAAAAGUUGCCUAGCUGCGCUAGUUGUGAGAAAGCUAGGGUUGCUUGCGUUGGCUACGACCCUAUAACGAAAAGAGAGAUACCGCGCAGCUAUGUUUACUAUCUGGAAACCCGUGUCGACCAAUUAGAAACGCUGCUUCGUCGCAACAACAUCCAAUUCCCGCCUUCUGAUAACCUCGAGUAUUGUUCGCGCCCUGGAACCGACGGAGGACUUGGAAGGACGGCUACGGAUGGUGCGCCCUCGGCCGCUGCUGGAACCGCAGAAACCUUAGGUAGCGCAAAACCACAAAAGAAUAGCGAUGAGAUGGAGAAGCCAGCCAAGAUAGUGAGACAUGGUGGCGGACAGAGACACCUCGGAUCUGCUAACGGGAUAUCAUUUGCGCGCGUGGUAUUCGCCGCCGUCCAAUCUUCCGUCGGCGACCAGAAGUCGACUUCUGAUAAGACCGGUGUCCGGCCGUACAGACCAAUUGCCGGGAAUGGGGCCACGGCCUCGAGCACGUCAAUGCGUGAUUCAUUCUUCGGCCUCCAUACGCGGCCCACUAUCAGACCGGCCGAAUUCCCUCCAAAAGACCUGGCCAUCAAAUUGGUAGAGUUGUAUUUCGAGCAUGCCAACCCUCAGAUACCUGUUCUCCACCGAGAUGACUUCAUGCAAAUGUUUGACCGUGCAUAUGCGGACGAAGGCAGGGUACGAGGUCCAAAGGAGCUUUAUGUCUUAAAUAUGGUUUAUGCAAUCGGAGGAGGUAUUAUUAUGGACGCACAGACAACGUCCGCCAAAGUCGGCGGCGAGGAGAGAAAACAAGCUCAGCCCGAGGAAUAUCACGCUAGUGCCGUCGUUCAUCUGGAGGCUUGUCUGAGCAACAGUGGUGGGGGAUUAGAGGAGCUGCAAGCCGUGUUACUCCUCGCCAAUUUUGCUCUACUUCGCCCGGUCCCACCUGGAUUAUGGUACAUUGUCGGCGUUGCUGUGAGAUUAGCAGUUGACCUAGGUCUUCACUAUGAAGAUGGAAAGGAUGUCGAAUUCGAUCUUGCUACUAAGGCUAAGGUUGAUGAGACAGGUGAUAAACGAGAAGCAUACCUGCGUGAAAGAGGCAGAAGAGAAUUUACCCGCGACCUUAGACGACGACUUUGGUGGUGCACUUAUUCGUUUGACCGACUUGUCAGUACUUGUGUCGGACGACCAUUUGGCGUGUCAGAUCAGGUAAUCACGACAGAAUUUCCCUCCAUGUUAGAUGACCGCUAUAUCACUCAUGCCGGUUUUAUGGGGCGUCCGUCUGAGGGAGAGCCCACUUACAAAAUUGUAGCCAGACAUUACUUUCGACUCCGACUGUUACAAUCUGAGAUUUUGCAAGUUUUGCAAUAUCAGCAAACACAGAUGGCGAGGUUCAACGGCCAGAAUAACAGAAACGAGUAUAUGCAUACUCAACUCCCAUCACCUUUCUUGCAAAAAUUUGAUUCCUUCAGAAACUGGCGGAGAAAUAUCGACUCACGACUAUACGAAUGGAAAAAUUCGGCUCCAACGAAGCAGGAAACGGGAGUCGCAUUUUCACCGGAGUUUCUAGAACUGAACUACUGGCAGGCCAUAAUCAUGCUUUAUCGACAAAGUCUAAGCGUACCGGCCAUGUUUGAAGGUGAAUAUAAUACCUCGAAAGAAGUCAAUAGCCCGUCUAUCUACGCCGCCGAGUCACGAGAAGAUGAAGAGAGGGUAUAUGUCAAAGUCGCUGAGGCCGGUCAGAAGAUUUUACGACUGUAUAGGCAGUUGCAUCUCGUUGGCCUCGUCAACUAUACCUACCUAGCCACCCAUCAUCUUUUCAUGGCUGGAAUCUCUUAUCUUUAUGCAAUUUGGCAUUCACACGUUGUUCGAAGUCGACUUACAAUGGAUGAAGUCGAUUUCACGAUACUAGCAGCCACGUCGGUUUUUACGGAUCUCAUUGAGAAAUGCCCGCCAGCGGAAGCUUGUCGUGAUGCUUUUGAUCGAACAGCGAAAGCUACUAUUAAAAUGGCAAAUUCUACUGGAGGGUUUGGACAGGUGUUACACCGGAAUAAGCGCUCUUCAAGAACUAACAAUGAAAGGGGCGACUAUAUCAACGCGAGAGAUGCGACAGCCAAUCGGCAUAAGGCCCAUCACUCUGGAUCCCGUACUGCAUCAUCAUAUAAUACUCCGGGGCAGGAAAGUUACAAUUCACUUGAGACACCUUCUCAGAUGGGUUCCAUACAGGGAGGGGCGCAAUCCGGCGGUUUCCGCCUCUCUAUGCCUAACGUUAAGACAGAACAAGACGGGUACUCGAUGUUACGCUCUAUGCCACAAUCGAACCUUAGUGCAGGUAGCAUAUCUGACGCAGCUUCGCUCCCUGAUAAUUCAGCCAUAGAUCCCGUCCUCCUUCCUUCUCCGGGCGCACACACCAACUCUCCUGUAUCCGUCAAUAGUCUAACGCCACAAUCCAACCAGGGACAAUAUUCCCAGAACACCGGCAACUCAAAUUAUAACCUGAUUAGGUCACCGGCGAGCAAUUUCACACCCGGUGGGAUAAACUAUUCGGACUUACAGGGCAUGGACUUUCUGCAGGGUAUUCAGGAUCAACCUAACGGCGAUGGUAUUAUUAACAGUGAUCUUCAGAUGGACAUGGGCUUUGGUUUAGGUUGGGAGGGGAUGCAUCAUGAUUUCAGUGACGGACAGCAAGUCGACCUCUUCGAUGGAUUCUUCUUUGGGGGGCAGCAAGGGGGCGGGUAAUGGGAAAUAAAACCAAAAAGCAAACCAAAAAGAGCAUCAGACUCAGGUUUGAUCAAUGUCGAAUUUUGGAGUACGGGGAUUUACCUUGGACGGAUUUUUUUCAGAUUUAUAUUUAAACGAGGCCACGAGGAAUGGAGUGAUAAUUACUUCCUACCCAGGCGAGACAUUUAGUCACGGAGAGUAUGAGGCAGGUUAUUUUUUUUUCGCCUACAGUGUGUGUGUUGAGAGCUUGCUUUUGUAUGAUAAAGUUCUUAAUACCCUUAUUUUGAUGAUGAAUUACGUCCACCAAUGUACGUACAGAGAAGACAAAAUGGGGAGGGGAAGAGAAAAUCAGGCUCUUAGUAGAAAGGGGAAGAGCAUGAGUUAUAGAGCCGACGACGAGGAGGGGAGGUUGACUUUUUCGUUUCUCGCAGUCCGAUUGAGAUGGAUCGAUUCCGAUGAUUUGGAAUACUUUUGAAUACACUCCUUAGCCUUUUCUGCCUUAUCGAGAAAUCUGUCUUCGGAGUGUCAGGUAUCUAGUUUCCUCGUCUGAUGUUUGCUAUAAUAAUUAGGUACCUAGCCGUCUUCAUGAUUUAUUAGCCCAGGUACUCAUCC